AUGGAUCCUUUAUCUUCUACGUUACCUCGCGUCAAGAAUCCUUCUAUUACCCUUAUAUCCGAUACCACAGCUAUCAAAGAAUUCUAUGCAGCUGCAAGCAUGGUGAAAGAUGAUCAAAUACAAAAACGAAUUCAUGAAGCUAUGGAUACCAUCACUACUAUUUGGACACAACGACAUGAUGAUAUGAUUAGUACAAUCAAUCAACUAGAUCAAUCAAAUAUCUCCUUGCAACAGGAAGCUCAAGUUAGACUUGCCAUGUACAACAAAGCUCUUCGAAGCCUCCAUUAUUAUAAAUCCAAGUAUGAAGCAACUGCUGGUACCAAUUCUUCAACGACAAGUGAUUACUCUUGUUCCAGCAAAGUAAGUUUUUACAACGCUCCUACAGAUGAUGGACAUUAUAUUCCUUCUCAACCGUCAUCCUAUUCAUCAUCUUUACCGCCUCUUCCAUUAUUCACCAGCAACAAUAUGAGCAACAAGGAAAUAGCGAAUACAGGACAAGAAGAUGACAAGUUUGAUAUGUUGUCCAUACUCGAGUUCUCCUAUUCUAAUACCAUUCCUGCAGCAAAACCACCUCCAGCAAAUUCUACAGCCAUUAAUCAUGUAACGACGGAAGAACUUAAGUUCGCAUGUGGAGAUGGAUUCUGGAGUACGAUUGCUACAGGUAAAUCCAAAAAAGAAGAAGUGGAUUUACUUGUCAAAAGAUAUUUGAAAAGAGGAGGAAAAGCCAAUGUGGCCAACAAUUCAGGAACAAUCAAGUCAGUCAAGGAAGGAUAUGGAUUGAUUCACGCAUUGAUUAUCGUCCGGAACACGUCAGCCCUACAACGGAUCAUUGAAGCCGGUGUCAAUCCUCAUGCUUUACCUCUGGUGACAGAUGAAAAGGACAAGAUUUCCCCUUUGGUACUUGCGGCUCAACUUGGUUAUAUGAAUGGAAUACGAUUGUUGAUUGAACGUGCUCAUGUUAAUGUGUUGGCAAGUAAAGGUCCUCGUCAAGAAAAUGCACUUUUGGCAGCAAUUCAAGCAGAUGCUUUUGAAAUUGUUGCUUAUCUCUUACGUUUAUCUCGUCAAUUAUUGGAUCAAGCAGAUGUUUUUGGUGCGACGGCUGUUCAUUAUGCAUCUAUGUUUGGAAAGACAAGGAUAUUGAUGUUCUUGGUACGUGAAUAUGGCCAAUCACCCGAUGUCGUGGAUUACAAAGGUGAAACUCCUCUUCAUUAUGCUAUUCGAAAUCGACAAGCCAAAGCUGUGGCAACAUUAGUGGGCGAACUUGCAGCUUAUCUCAAUCCCUAUGUGCUCAAAAAGGUGCAAACUCCUUUGGAUCUCGCCAAAUCAGGUGGAUUACGUCGUAUUGUGGAUUAUCUACGGAAAGCCGGGGCGAAAACUGUCAAGGAAAUGGAGAAAACAGCAACAUCAUCAUCAUCAAUUAGUUCCUCUUCCGGUAUAGGUACUUCUUUUGUUAGCCAUUCAUCCAGCAUUAGUCUUAAUAGUAGUGGGUACUCUGCUAAUAGUGGAACUAGUUAUAGUCAAGAAAGUGUCAACAGUUUAAAUAAUCAAAGUUUUAUCAGUGGAACGGCAUCAUCGGUAAAAAACAAAUUGGAAGAACUCAUGCUGUAG